AUGUACACUCCAAUUCUUCCGACUCAUACAGUGGAAUCUGGCGAACAUCCUUUCUUCAAUUACACGUCUGGCCGCUGGCUAUGGGACGAAGAAACCCAGCUCCAAAAACGCUUUCAACGCUUCAAUAUCCGACAGCUCCAAGAACGGGCUGUGCGAUGUGCUAGCGCGAGUUCAUGUACUGGCAUGGUCAAGCUACAGGAAGGCUUGUAUAAUAAGGCCUUUCUGCUUUCAAUGGAUAAUGGUGUUCAAGUUGUUGCGCGCAUCCCAAAUCCCUACCUACCUCCUCGAGUUGCGACAGCGAGCGAGGUUGCAACCCUCGACUUUCUCCGAAAUGAACUUGACCUUCCAGUACCCAAGGUACUAGCAUGGAGUAGUGAUAAAGACCAGCCCGUUGGAACGGAAUAUAUCAUUAUGGAAAAGGCUCCAGGUGAAGAGCUGGGGAAGUCCUGGUCGACCUUAAGCAUUUCAGAGAGGGUUGGCAUUGUGUCCCAAUUGGUCAAGAUCCAGGCAACUCUGUCUUCCGUUGAUAUGAAGCAUUAUGGAAGUCUGUAUUAUAGCGGAGAGGAAGGAGGCCAUGAAAGUAUUCCUGGGGUUUCUGACCGGUUUUGUAUUGGCCCUUCUUCGGCUAUACGAUUCUGGGAAGAAGAGCGUAUGUCCAUGGCGGAAUACAGAGGGCCCUGGUCAUCUCCCCUUUCAUACGCUAAAGACAUUGCUAAACGAGAAAUGAAUUGGAUACGCAAGUUUGCAAAGCCUCGAGACCUAUCUGAUCCCUUGAGGCAGUCAACUAGCCAAGAAUCCCCCAGUUGCCAUCUCCAACUUUUGAGCCAAUAUCUAAAAAUUGUAUCUCAGACAAUACCAUUGGAUGAACACCUAAAUCGAGCAACUCUCUGGCACUCAGACCUACACUCGGGAAACAUCUUUAUCAAGGACAACAAGAUAGUCAGCAUUAUUGACUGGCAAGGCUGCAUGAGCGUCCCACUUUUCAUGGCUGCUAGAAUACCUAAGUUUUUGAAGUUCGAUGGUCCAAUGCUUUUUGACCUUCCUUCAGCUGCAAAUCUCACAGAGAUGGAAAAGAAGGAGACGUUGCUCAGAUACGAACUCACCCAGUUGCAGGGGUUUUAUGUAUCCAAAUUCCAAAACUUAGGUAGCAGUGCCUAUGAAGCCUUAUCAUACCCCUAUGCUACGAUCCGGCAACAGCUUAUAGACCUUGCAGGCUUUACAUGGGAGGAUGAAGGGCUGUUCUUCUUCCGGGAGAUGUUGCAUCGCAUCUGGCAUGAUUGGGGUGAAAUUAGCAAUCAGCCCGCUCACAAAUGCCCCAUUGAAUUUGAUCCAGAUGAGCUUUCAUCCCACGCUGCUGAGAAAAAGGGUUGGAAUGACUAUAAAGCGCUAUUUGAAUCUUUGGGCAUUUCUAACGAUGGCUGGGUUCACUCUGAGGACUUUGGAAUGAAGGCGAAGGCAAUGCGAAACCUGGCGAUGGAAAUAUUGAACUCUUCCGAAGACAGAGAGGAAGCACGACGCGCACUCAUAGCUUGGAAGCUCUCAGAUCCGGCCUCAACUCAUCUAUCACCGAAAGUAAUAGACGUUUGA